AUGGCUGGUUUUGAUGACGUGAGCCGCGGCGGGCGAGCGGGCGAGCGGCGACCUCGCUGUCGCCAGCCACGCCGCCUCCACGGUGCCGUGCACCUCCUCAGCGCGACACCGGCGGAGGAUGCGGAGGAGCGGCCCACCCGCCGCCCGCCGCAGGCCGAGCGCAGGGAGUCCGCCAAGCUGCGCAUCAACCGCGCCCUCAACCAGAGCGGCCCUGUCGGCCGCGCCUUCGGCAGCCGGUUCGGCAUCGUUGCGAUGCUCUUCACCAGGACCGAGAGUUUCAUUCGCGACCAGUGCGACGUCGCCGACGACUGGGUCAACACCGUCGCCGCGGGGGCCAGCGCCGGGGCGCUCUACCGCAUCGCGUCCGGCCCAAGGUCGAUGAUUGUCGCCGGCAUCCUCGGCGGAGUCCUGUCCGGCGCCGCCGUCGCGGGGAAGCCGAUGCUUCAGAGAUUCGCACCGAAGCUAUCCGCCAGAUUGGACUAUUUACUUUGAGUAAAAUUUCAGGCCCGCCCGAGGUGGACUGGUCCUUGAGGACGCGCUUCACGACGCGUGACGCCACGUUGGCCGUGUCGGCCGCGCCGCCCCUGCCACCGUCGUCGCAGCCGAGCGCCUGGAGCACCUGCCUCUGCGUCGCGCCCCGCGCGCCGCCCGCAGCCGAGCACCAGGGAGAUGUGGACGACGAGGGCGGACACGGCCGUGUUCCCGGUCCCCGCGGCGGCGAGGACGCGCCACGCGAGCGGUAGGCAGAAGGCGCGCUGUGCCGCGGCCAGCUGCUACCGCCGGCGCCCCUUCUCCUGCCGCUCCUCUCCCCCACCGCCACGUCGCGCGCCGCUACUCUCCGCCGUCGAGCUCGCCAUCAUGCCGGCCGUCUCUCUCUCCCUCUCCCACUGCCGCCGCCGCCCCAGCUCUGCCGCCGGCCACCUCACGCGGAGUCUGCCGCUGCGCCUGCUCGAGAGAAAGAGAGAAGGGAAGAGAAAAAAAAAAGGAAAGAAAGGAGAGAUGUGGGGUCUACACCAUUUUCUCUCACUUACAUGUGGGCCCCACAUAAUUAUUAUUUUUAUUUUUUGCUGACUAGGAUGCCAUGUCAACAAAAUCGGGUGCACAUACUGCCAUGGGACUUCUUUGCACGGUUUGAGUAAGUUUAGGGGUGAAGAUUUCUGGUUUUAUGGUUGAGGGAUGUAAAAAAUUCUCGCUGUUAA